GUCCAGACUUUGUUACAGGCGGCGCGGCUCUCCGCCGACGAAGCCACACUUCCAGCAACUCCGCCGGCGACGAAUACAGCCGUCGUCACAGAUGCCGCCGCCUCCGCUCCCAACUGCCCUUCCGCCUUUGCACUGUCGGGCUACACAGAUGCCGCCGCCUCCGCUCCCAGCUGCCCUUCUGGUUAGUUUUUCUGCCUGUCCUCUAGUCGGAUUUGUCAGAGGGGCGCACGCAGGAGCUAGGAACUAGUCGGAUUUGAAGUUGGAAAUCUCUCCGGACUCUUUGUGCAUCAGAUUCAUGGAUUUGGACUCAUCUCCUACUCGGAUUAUUAGAGUUGAUGCCUCCGUGGUUGCCAUUUAAGUGCUGCCCUCCCCUCUUGAUGUGCUUUCAUCCUAGCCUGAAUUGAGUGUUGGUUGGAAGCGACGGAAGCAACCCGAUUGUGCAAUUUCCCCAAUGGAGGCGUGUAGUGUCACCAGGAUAAUGAGCUUAGGGCAUCUGGACUUGACAAUUUUGCAUAAGCUGCUGGCUCUUUCUCCCGGUUCACACAUGAAAUUCAGAAAAGACCCGCCGCUGAUGGAGGCCGAGACCUUGGUACCAAAUUCGUACAGGAAGUUCAGAAAAGACACGCUGCUGAUGGAGACCGGGACGGUGGUCGAAAUUUUGGACAGGAAAUUUAGAGAAGACCCAUUGCUGAUGGAGACCGAGACCGUGGUGCAAAAUUCGCCGGAGCUGCCGCUGGAUGUAUUAAUGGAUAUCUUUGCCCAACUAGAGAUCCCUGACUUCAUACGCGCUGGCUCUGUCUGCUCCGCCUGGCGCUCCGCAUAUACCAUCCUACACAGCCAGCUUGUGCAGUACAAACGGCGCCAAACACCUUGCCUCCUCUACACCUCUGAGUCUGUUGCUGACAACGUAGCUUGUCUCUACAGCCUCGCUGAGAAGAGGGCCUACAAUAUUACUCUUCCGGAUCCACCCAUCCGUAGUAGGUAUCUGAUUGGGUCCUCCCAUGGCUGGUUAGUUACCGCAGAUGACAAGUCUGAGCUUCAUCUUCUUAAUCCGAUAACUGGCCAACAGAUAGCUCUCCCGCCCGUGAUCACCAUUGAGCAUGUAAAGCCGAUCUUAGACGAUGCCGGUGCAAUUAGUAAAUAUGAGUUGUGGGAUGACUUGGAUGUGGAAAUACAUGAUCUAGACAAGCUCCGUGACUGCCUCUACUUCCGGGCAUUUGUGUUUCCUGAUCCAUCUACGGGAAGCUACAUUGUGGUUUUAAUCAUCUUUCCAUACCGCCAGCUUUUGUUUGCAAGGGUAGGUGAUUGUAAGUGGACCUUGCUGCCACCAGGUGAGGACUAUGAACAAUGCAUCCACAUGGAUGGUCUAUUGUAUGCGUUCACAAGAACCGGGCAAAUCGAUGCUUUUGAUCUCACUGGUCCUACCUUCCCGAGGAAUGUUAUUGCAGACGAGAUGGAGAAUCACAUCAGUGGGAUGGAUGGGUUGAUGUAUGUUGUUCAGGCCCCAUGUGGUGAUCUAUUGCAAGUUUGCAGGGGUGCUGAAGUCACAGAAGAUAUCCUGGUAGAGACUGACAAAAUAAUGGUAUAUAAAGCUGAUAUGUCAGCAAAAAAGCUUGUGAAAAUGAACGGCUUGCAUGAUCAUGUGUUGUUUCUUGGCCGUAGUCAGUCACAGUGCCUUAGUGCUGAACAAUAUCCGCAGCUGAAGACAAAUUGUGUUUAUUUCACUGAUGACGAUACAUAUAUUUCGAGGUAUAAGAAUGAUCGCCGGGAUAUUGGUAUUCUCAACUUAGAAAAUGGUGGCAGGGAAGAAAUUGCAUCCAAGCUUUGGUGCAACUGGCCAAAUCCCAUAUGGAUAACACCCAAUAUCACAAGGAUGAACAUGGGGGUGUACAAAUAGUUAAUGUACUGUAUUUAUUUGAGUAUCUACCUUCUCGAAUGCUAUUAGAGAAUGUCCAAUAGGACCAUGUUGACAAAAUUUUCUAAUUUUGGGGGCAACUGCUAUGACACAGAGGCGUGUUCUGUUUCUCUGUUCUUCAUAUACCUGGUCUCUUAUAUUUUAUAAAAGGCUUUUAUUUUC